GCGUGGCGGAGGCAGCAUGGCGGCCCCCGGGAGGAGAAAACUGGAGGAGCUGAGCCUGGACGAGUUCCUCGCUGCCGGCUCGGACUCGGAGCAUGACGGCGGCUGGGAGGAUGAGGAGGAUGAGGAGGAGGAAGGCGGCCGGGCCCUUAAUGGCACUGCGAGGCAGAGACGGCCGAGCGGGAAGGCGGCCCAGGGGCUGCAGGCACGGCCGGGCAGCAGGAAGAAGGGAAAGGCGUCAGAGCACAAGGAUCAGCUCUCCAGGCUGAAGGACAGAGACCCCGAGUUUUACAAGUUCCUGCAGGAGAACGACCGCAAGCUGCUGGACUUUGACGCCUCGGACAGCUCAGAGGAGGAGGAGGCUCUGCACAGACCCCCUGACACCCUGGAGGAAGCCAGUGACGAGGAUGAGGAUGAAGACGAAGAGCAAGAAAAAGUCAAAAGGAAGAAAGUUUCCCUCAUCCAUGUGAGCUUGAAGAUGGUGGAGGAGUGGAAGAAAGCUGCCCAGAGGAAUCUCACCCCAAAGCUCUUCCAUGAGAUCACCCAGGCCUACAAGGCAGCUGUGGCCACCACCAAAGGGGACAGUGGUGGUGACCCCAGCAAGUUCCAGGUGACUGACACUGCAGUGUUCAACGCCCUGGUGUCCUUCUGUAUCCGGGACCUGUUCCACCUCCUGCACAAGCUGCUGCUCCCCAAAGCCCCCAAGAACAAGCUCAAAAUGGUUCUCCCUUCCACCAGCCCCCUGUGGGGAAAGCUACGACUGGACAUCAAAGUUUAUCUUGGCUGUACCAUACAGCUGCUGUCCUGCCUGACAGAGGCCUCAGUGGGUGCAGCAGUCCUGCAGCACGUCAACUCCACAGUCCCAUACUACCUGUCCUUCCCCAAGCAGUGCCGGGCCCUGCUCAAGCAAACCAUCACUCUGUGGAGCACAGGGGAGGAGACAGUCAGGGUCCUGGCCUUCCUGGUGCUGAACAAGAUCUGCAGGCACAAGAAGGAGGUUUACCUCAGCCCCCUGCUCAAGCAAAUGUACAUUGCCUUUGUGAAGAACUCCAGGUUCACCUCUCCCAACGUGCUGCCCAUGAUCAACUUCAUGCAGAGGACACUGACGGAGAUGCUGGCCCUGGACAGCGCUGCGUCCUACCAGCACAGCUUCAUCUACAUCCGCCAGCUGGCCAUCCACCUGCGCAGCGCCAUGACCCUCAGGAAGAAGGAGAACUUCCAGUCAGUGUACAACUGGCAGUACAUCCACUGCCUGUACUUCUGGUGUCGAGUGCUCAGCACCAUCCACCCCAGUGAGGUCAUGGAGCCCCUCAUCUACCCCUUGACACAGGUCAUCAUUGGCUGCAUCAAGCUGGUGCCAACGUCUCGGUUCUACCCCCUGCGCAUGCACUGCAUCCGUGCCCUCACGCUGCUGUCGCAGAGCACCAGGACCUUCAUCCCCGUGCUGCCCUUCAUCCUGGAGGUUUUCCAGCAAGUGGAUUUCAACAAGAAGCCAGGACGGAUGAGUUCCAAGCCCAUCAACUUUGCUGUGAUCCUGAAACUCUCCAAUGCCAACCUGCAGGAAAAGGCCUUCAGGGAUGGGCUCAUUGACCAGCUCUAUGACCUGCUGCUGGAGUACCUGCAUGGCCAAGCCCACAGCAUUGGCUUCCCAGAGCUGGUUCUGCCCACUGUCAUCCAGCUGAAAUCCUUCCUGAAGGAGUGCAAGGUGGCCAACUACUGCAGGCCCAUGAGGCAGCUGCUGGAGAAGCUGCAGGAGAACUCAGCCCACAUCUGCAGCAGGAGGCAGAGAGUGACCUUUGGGGUGGCCAGCACGGCUGCUGUGGAGCAGUGGGAGAAGCAGCUGAAGGAGGAGGGCACGCCCCUGAGCAGGUACUACACGCAGUGGAAGAAGCUGAGGGAGAAGGAGAUCCAGCUGGAGAUCAGUGGCAAGGAAAGGCUUGAGGACUUGAACUUCCCAGAAAUCAAACGCAGGAGGCCGGAUGAGAGGAAGGAGGAGGAUAAGAAGGAAUUCAAGGAUCUCUUUGAGCUGGACAGUGACUCUGAGGAGGAGAAUGGUGGAUUCUCUGUGAAAGGGAAGGGCACAGCCUCAGAUGACAGCUCAGAAGCCAGCAGCAAGGAGUUUGGGGAGGAGGAUGAUGAUGAAGAAGGAAAUUACGAGGUGGAGGAGGACGAGGAGGAAGAGCUGGAAGAGGACAGCGAGGCAGAGGAGGAGGGCAGGGCAGGAGCCCAGCGUGCCCAGGGUGCCCGGGGUGCCCAGCAGAGGCGGAGCUGCCCCCGGGGCCUGUCCCGCUCGGACCUGCAGCAGCUGGCACAGGGAGGGGAGGACCUGGUGCAGGACCUGGAGUUUUCUGAUGAGGACUGAGCAGCCCAGCCCUGUCCAGCCCGAGCCCUGCAGCACCUGGAGCUCAGCUGGGACCAGCCCCACAUCCACAGCCUGGACUCUGCAGCUCAACUUGGACUUCUCCGGCUUUUUCUACCAGUUCUGCUUUUGGUACCAAUAAACCCGAGGCCGAGCCAAGGCCAGUACAAACUGCUCAGCAGAGGGAAUAAAACCCCAUUAAAAUCUGCUUUCAAUAGCACAGGGUUCACUUCCAGCUCCUGCUGAGUGAGCUGAGCAAGGGCAGGGUGAGGGUUUGUCCAAGGUUCCCCCUCUCUGCCCCAGCAGCCACCCCAGAUUCAGCUCUGGGGCCAUCCCAGAGUGCCUUAAGGACUGCAGAGACUCCACCAGAGCUUUGCAGCUUCCCUGGAAGCCCUGAUCAGUUCAAGCUGCCCCAGGUGUGCUGCAGAAGGAAACUUUCAAUUAAAGUUUCUUGGGUUAGGGACGUGCAGGCAUGAAGGAAUAAAGAAAGGCAAAACCGAUAAUUUAGGAAACAGUGCCCAGGUGAGAACUGCACCACUUUAACUGUAAAAAAAAAAAAUCACUUUGUAGAGGAUUUUAACUUACCUGUCAUUCCCAAAGAGAAAGGAAUUCCCUUUUUCUCCUGGCUCUAACUUGGCUGCCUUGUGCCAGCUGGGAGCCAAGCCUGGAUGGGAUUCCAGGCAGGAAUGUGGAAAGGAAGGACAGAGACUGCUUGGGUAAAGCCAGGUACCAUCUGUAAAUUAAGUGUUUUUCUUUUUUAUUUAAAUUGAUUGCUGGAAAGCAUUUUUAUCGUGAUGUGAUGGAUAAUGAAUUUUUUUUCCUUUUUUUACAAUAUAAAGAAGCUAAAGUACCACCAAAGCUAUUCUGUAAGAAAAACGGCAGCACGUGCAACGUUUAAACAAAAAAACAAACCCAAAAAUAAAAAGGGGAUUGGGGGGGAGGAGAGGGAGAGAGAGAAAAGUACCACAUGUGAUUGUUGCUCACAACUGUACAAGUCACAGGAGGUCACCCCCAGCAGUUCCCAGCUCAUUCACAGUAGUAAAAACUGCCCAUUGCUUCAGCCUGGCCCCCUCCCUGCAGCCAGGCCUGGGGGGGCAGGGUCUGUCUGGUGGGCCACAGCAGCCAGAUGUGCACUGAGCCACCUCUGGAGCCAGCAGCCAGGUGUGCACUGAUCCACCUCUGGAGCCAGCAGCCAGGUGUGCACUGAUCCACCUCUGGAACCAGCAGCCAGGUGUGCACUGAGCCACCUCUGGAACCAGCAGCCAGGUGUGCACUGAUCCACCUCUGGAACCAGCAGCCAGGUGUGCACUGCUCCACCUCUGGAGCCAGCGGCCAGAUGUGCACUGAGCCACCUCUGGAGCAAGCAGCCAGGUGUGCACUGAUCCACCUCUGGAGGAAGCAGCCAGGUGUGCACUGAGCCACCUCUGGAGCAAGGCUGCACACACAGGAGCCUCCUCCCCCAGAGCAGCUGCUGCUCCUGGGCCCGACCAUCCCAGGGAAAUCCAUCCAGCCCUGCAGGGCUGGGGCACGGGCACCGUCCCCGCUCUGGGCACUGCCAGGCCCCCGUGCCAGGGCAGGGUGGCUCUGUACCAUCCGCACGAAGUAAACAUGGACGGGAACUUGCCUUCUGUCCUUUUGUUUUUUUUGUCUCUCUUUUUUUUUUUGUCUUUUUAUCCUUUUUGUCUGUCUUUGGUAUUGUUUUCAAAGUUGCUAGAGAUGCAUAGAACACCUGAAUGAGGACGUGAGCCCGGUUGCAGGGAGGAGGAGAGCCUGGCUGGGGUGCCCGUGGCUGGGACUGUUUGCUCGAGGUACCGGGGCAGCAGCAGAGCCCCUUCCCCUCCCCGUGGAGGCAGAGAGCAGCCUGUCCGUGCCUCCCUGCAGGGCUCUGCAGCUCCACUGAGCAGCGUGGAAGGGACGGCAACGCUGCCUCCAUCCUCCAGCAUCCUUCUCUUCACUUGGCGUCGUCCCACGACAACAUCUUUGGAUCAUUUUCCUUCCUUCCCUUUCAAUCUUUUUUUUUCUUUUUUUUUUGACAGUUCAGAAAUCUCCGUGGUUCUUCUUUUAUUUUCCCCGAACAAAUAAAAAAAAGCAAACGCAUAUCCAAAAUAAAAAAACCACCCGAAAGAGACCGUUCCCGCGGCGGGGGC